UUAUAGUCAAUUGAAGUCAUAUUUAAGGAACUCAUAUAAGUCACUUUCUUUAAGUCUAGAUAAUUUUAAUACUAUCUUGAAUUUCCAGUCAUAUAAGUUACUCGUAAUCAAUUAUUAUAAUACAAAAUCAUGCUUGCUAGAUUAGGAAUUAAUCAAGGAUAUUUGGUCAGUGGCCACCUUUUAACUUAUUCUGUACUUUUUGGAGGAUCUUUAUACUAUUCAUAUAUUGUUUCACCUCUUGUUUUCAAAAAGUUACCAAGAGAGGAGUUCAGUAACUUACAGAAUCAAGUAUUUCCAACCUAUUUCAUUGGUCAAUCAAUUGGUCCUGUUCUUCUUGCUCUCAUUAGUCCUUACAAAUUCUGUCCAUUUACUUCAGGAUUAUUGGCUUUAAGUACCGUUGGUGGUUUACUCAAUUAUUUUUGGUUAUUACCAGUUUGUCGUGACAUAAAGGAAAAGAGAAAUAAGUUAGUUGCCGAUAAAUUAGAUAAGACAGCCACUGGUGAACUUACUGAAGAAUUUAAAGAAUUAAGUAGUCAAUUCGGUAAAUAUCAUGGUAUUUCUACUUUGGUUAAUACCAUCUCUAUCGUUGCUUUAGGUGUCUACGGUUGGACUAUUUCUAGAAAGAUCAAACUCUAAACAGUGUCCAUUUGUUGUAAAUAGGUUAAAAAUAAAAUC